AUGUUUUAGCAAUAGGAUUAGAAUUUUUGUAAAAUAAAGGGAUAUUAGAAAAAAAAACAACUGACUGAUUUAUAAAAAUUUAAGAAAAGGUAAAUGAAAGUGGAGAAUAAUAAUUUCAGAUAAUUAUUAUUGAGGGUAUAAAUUGGAGAAGGGAAAAGAAGAAUAAAACAUUCAUUUUGGGUGAAAAUUAUGUCAAUUUAUUUAAGAAGUAUGGAAUGCAAAAAAGAAUAAAAAUUAGCAGAAGAAAUUACAAAUUUUGUGGUAUAUAUAAAUGGUUUGAAUAAAAGAAAAAAUUAUUUUGAAUAAAAUUAAAAAUAUAUAAGAUUUAUGGAGGAUUUAAAAUUAGCAGGGAUAAGAUUUAUUAUGAAAUAAAGGAGCAAUCUUCGAUAGUGGUCAUUUGAAACUGGAAUUAAAUUGAUAGCAAAAGCUAGAACUUAAGAAUUAAUAAAUAAUUAAUAGGCCUGCUUUAUUUUUUUGAUAGGAUCAGAGUUAGAUGUAGGAGAAUUAUUUUAAAUGAGAAGGAGACAGAAGGUUUUUACAAUAUAUUUGAUAAAAUUGAUGCCAAUAGAUAGACAUUAAAAUCGAAAUGAUAGGGACUUGAAAUAAAUUAUUAAAUUGAUUUAAUUCUAGAAGAAAUAUUCAAAUGCCAUCGAACAAACCGCUAACUUUGGAUAUAGAAUCCUAAAAAAAAAUAUACAGAAAAGUUGA